UCAAACUCUCUAACGCCAUAGCCAUUAGCUCCUCCACACGCACCGAACCACAAUCAGAAAAACCAAGCGAAAGCUUACAGAAGUUGACGCAAUUUCAUACGUAAUCUCCUUUUUCGGAUUUUUAUGUGAUUGUUUUCGCUAUUUAUAUAAUUCAGCUUUCCAUUUUUCUAGUGCGCUUUGAUGUGGAUAAGGCGACCACCACUUUGAAGAAGCUAAACUUCUCUUUCUGCUAAUCACUGAAGCACCCAUUUGAUCAAUGGCGAUCAGGGUUAUGGACUUGGUUUCUGGAGCUUCCUUGAAUUGUUUUCAUUUCAAAAAUCCUAAAGGAUGUGUGAAAUCUAGGAGUUUCUCUAUUAGAUGCUCUGUUCCUCUUUCUUCAUCCCAGGGCGCUGCCACGAUUGAUUUGGGCGAGCGGCCAUGGAAGGUGUCGGAUGCUCGCCUGGUGCUUGAAGAUGGUUCAGUUUGGAAGGCCAAGUCUUUUGGCGCCUCUGGAACCCAAGUUGGUGAAGUGGUUUUCAAUACUUCUUUGACUGGGUAUCAAGAAAUUCUAACAGAUCCCAGCUACGCUGGACAGUUUGUGCUGAUGACAAAUCCCCAUAUUGGCAAUACUGGUGUCAAUUUCGAUGAUGAAGAAGCUAGGCAAUGCUUUCUCGCUGGCCUGGUGAUCAGAAGCUUAAGCAUCAGCACUUCAAAUUGGAGGUGUAAACAGACGCUUGGUGAUUAUUUAAUAGAGAGAAACAUCAUGGGAAUUUAUGAUGUUGACACGCGUGCUAUUACUCGCCGAUUAAGGGAGGAUGGAAGUCUUAUUGGUGUUUUAAGUACUGAAAAAUCAAAAUCUGAUGACGAGCUGUUGGAAAUGUCUCGGUCAUGGAACAUUGUUGGUGUUGACUUAAUUAGUGGUGUUUCAUGCAAAUCACCUUAUGAAUGGGUGGAUAGAACAGAUCUAGAAUGGGAGUUCAAAUCUGGUGGGCACAGUUCAGAGACCUUUCAUGUUGUGGCAUAUGAUUUUGGAAUCAAGAGUAACAUACUUAGGCGCUUGGCAUCUUAUGGAUGCAAAAUAACUGUUGUCCCUUCCACAUGGGCGGCAUCGGAGACCUUAAAGUUGAAGCCAGAUGGGGUUCUCUUCAGCAACGGUCCCGGCGAUCCAUCAGCAGUUCCUUAUGCUGUUGAAACAGUCAAACAACUACUUGGAAAGGUACCUGUUUUUGGAAUUUGUAUGGGCCAUCAAUUGCUUGGUCAGGCGUUGGGUGGUAAGACCUUCAAAAUGAAAUUUGGCCACCAUGGAGGCAAUCAUCCCGUUCGCAACUUCCGGAACGACCGUGUAGAAAUUAGUGCUCAGAACCAUAACUACGCUGUCGACCCUGCAUCCCUUCCCGAGGGCGUUGAAGUAACCCACAUCAAUCUUAAUGAUGGAAGCUGUGCUGGCCUUGCUUUCCCAAAGCUAAAGAUUAUGUCUCUUCAAUACCACCCGGAAGCAUCCCCGGGACCUCAUGAUUCUGACUCUGUUUUUGGAGAUUUCAUAGCGAUGAUGAAACAAGAAAAGAGAAAUGCUUGAGUUGAUGUGAUCAAAUUUUGCUCUCAAAAUGGGGGCGGGGUAGUGGUUGUUGCUGCUGCUGGUGGUGGUGGUGGUAGUAAUUGUUAUGAAAAGGGAUUGUAAUAUAUAUUUACCCUUUGAUAAACUGUUUCCUUCUGUACGAUCAAUUGUAGCAUCUCAAGCCCGUAUGGUUUGCUUGAAAAUAUAAAAAUAAUAUCUAUUUAAAUGGAGAGAUUUCAUUGUUA